AUGUUUGCCAGAUCAGCCUUCCGUGCGGCCCAGCCGCUCAAGAUGCAUGCGCGCCGCUAUGCCACCGAAUCCGGCGCCGCGGGCAGCUCCAACACCCUCCUCUACGGUGCUGGCGCAGUCGGCGUCCUCGGUGCUGGAUACUACUUCCUCAGCGGCUCUUCCUCAGCCAGCAAGGCCGAGGACAAGGUCAAGGAGGCCAUUGGCAUCGCUCCCAAGGCGGCUCUCACUGGCGGCGAACAGGGCUGGGUGUCCCUGAAGCUGUCCGAGACGGAGGAUGUGAACCACAACACCAAGAGACUCCGAUUCGAGCUCCCCGAGAAGGACCAGGUCUCUGGCGUGAACGUUGCCAGCGCUAUCCUCACCAAGUUCAAGGGCCCCAACGAUGCGAAGGCGACUCUCCGACCUUAUACUCCCGUCAGUGACGAAGACGAGAGGGGCUUCCUCGACCUUCUGGUGAAGAAAUAUCCCAACGGCCCCAUGAGCACCCACAUCCACGAUCUCAAGGUCGGCGAUUCCCUCGACAUCAAGGGCCCUCUGCCCAAGUACCCCUGGACCGCGAACAAGCACGACCACAUCGCCCUCAUCGCCGGCGGCACCGGCAUCACCCCGAUGUACCAGCUCGUCCGCGCAAUCUUCAAGAACCCCAACGACAAGACCAAGGUCACCCUCAUCUUCGGAAACGUCACCAAGGAGGACAUCCUGCUCAAGAGCAAGUUUGACGAGCUCGAGAACACAUACCCCCAGCGCUUCCGCGCAUUCUACGUCCUGGACAAGCCCCCCAAGGACUGGGUCGGCGGCGGCGGCUUCAUCUCCAAGGAGCUGCUGAAGCAGGUCCUCCCCGAGCCCAAGAGCGACAACAUCAAGCUCUUUGUUUGCGGUCCUCCUGGCUUGAUGAAGGCCGUUUCUGGCCCCAAGGUUAGCCCCAAGGAGCAGGGCGAUGUUACUGGACUUUUGAAGGAGCUUGGUUACACCAAUGAGCAGGUUUACAAGUUCUAA